UCAAGGAGGUAGCAGAUAAGUCAGGAGGUGCGGGUUGGCAGAAGCAAGACACAAAAUGGUCACUAAUGACUUUUUCUUUUCUUUUCUUUGUCUUUUAUAAUUUGUUCUGCAUAUCUGUAACUUAGUGGUAAUGUUACUAAACCAUGGCAGAAAUUACAGUUUGAAAAUGACAGUAUGGUAUGGAAAGGUGUAAAAUAAAUGAUUUCUAGAACUACAGAGCCUGUUUUACCUGCACUCAGCCAUGUUUCCAUGAGGAGUAACUGCUUCAAUAAAGGACCUGAAAACAUGAAAAAUGGAUUCAAGACCACCUUCACCUGCACCCAGUGGUGUUUCUAUGAGAAGUGACUGGUCCAAGGAUGAACCAGGAAACUUCAGGAACGAACCAAGACCACCUUCACCUGCACCCAGUGGUGUUUCUAUGAGAAGUAACUGGUCCAAGGAUGAACCAGGAAACUUCAGGAACGAACCAAGACCACCUUCACCUGCACCCAGUGGUGUUUCUAUGAGAAGUGACUGGUCCAAGGAUGAACCAGGAAACUUCAGAAACGAACCAAGACCACCUUCACCUGCACCCAGUGGUGUUUCUAUGAGAAGUGACUGGUCCAAGGAUGAACCAGGAAACUUCAGGAACGAACCAAGACCACCUUCACCUGCACCCAGUGGUGUUUCUAUGAGAAGUGACUGGUCCAAGGAUGAACCAGGAAACUUCAGGAACGAACCAAGACCACCUUCACCUGCACCCAGUGGUGUUUCUAUGAGAAGUGACUGGUCCAAGGAUGAACCAGGAAACUUCAGAAACGAACCAAGACCACCUUCACCUGCACCCAGUGGUGUUUCUAUGAGAAGUGACUGGUCCAAGGAUGAACCAGGAAACUUCAGGAACGAACCAAGACCACCUUCACCUGCACCCAGUGGUGUUUCUAUGAGAAGUGACUGGUCCAAGGAUGAACCAGGAAACUUCAGGAACGAACCAAGACCACCUUCACCUGCACCCAGUGGUGUUUCUAUGAGAAGUGACUGGUCCAAGGAUGAACCAGGAAACUUCAGGAACGAACCAAGACCACCUUCACCUGCACCCAGUGGUGUUUCUAUGAGAAGUGACUGGUCCAAGGAUGAACCAGGAAACUUCAGAAACGAACCAAGACCACCUUCACCUGCACCCAGUGGUGUUUCUAUGAGAAGUGACUGGUCCAAGGAUGAACCAGGAAACUUCAGGAACGAACCAAGACCACCUUCACCUGCACCCAGUGGUGUUUCUAUGAGAAGUGACUGGUCCAAGGAUGAACCAGGAAACUUCAGGAACGAACCAAGACCACCUUCACCUGCACCCAGUGGUGUUUCUAUGAGAAGUGACUGGUCCAAGGAUGAACCAGGAAACUUCAGGAACGAACCAAGACCACCUUCACCUGCACCCAGUGGUGUUUCUAUGAGAAGUGACUGGUCCAAGGAUGAACCAGAAGACUUCAGGAAAGAACCAAGACCACCUUCACCUGCACCCAGUGGUGUUUCUAUGAGAAGUGACCGGUCUAAGAAUGAACCAGAAAACUUCAGGGAUGGACAGUCAAGGCCACCUUCACCUGCACCCAGUGGUGUUUCUAUGAGAAGUGACUGGUCCAAAGAUGAACCAGAAGACUUCAGGAAAGAUCCAAGACCACCUUCACCUGCACCCAGUGGUGUUUCUAUGAGAAGUGACUGGUCCAAGGAUGAACCAGAAGACUUCAGGAAUGAACCAAGACCACCUUUACCUGCACCCAGUGGUGUUUCUAUGAGAAGUGACCGGUCUAAGAAUGAACCAGAAAACUUCAGGGAUGGACAGUCAAGGCCACCUUCACCUGCACCCAGUGGUGUUUCUAUGAGAAGUGACUGGUCCAAAGAUGAACCAGAAGACUUCAGGAAAGAUCCAAGACCACCUUCACCUGCACCCAGUGGUGUUUCUAUGAGAAGUGACUGGUCCAAGGAUGAACCAGAAGACUUCAGGAAUGAACCAAGACCACCUUCACCUGCACCCAGUGGUGUUUCUAUGAGAAGUGACCGGUCUAAGAAUGAACCAGAAAACUUCAGGGAUGGACAGUCAAGGCCACCUUCACCUGCACCCAGUGGUGUUUCUAUGAGAAGUGACUGGUCCAAAGAUGAACCAGAAGACUUCAGGAAAGAUCCAAGACCACCUUCACCUGCACCCAGUGGUGUUUCUAUGAGAAGUGACUGGUCCAAGGAUGAACCAGAAGACUUCAGGAAUGAACCAAGACCACCUUUACCUGCACCCAGUGGUGUUUCUAUGAGAAGUGACCGGUCUAAGAAUGAACCAGAAAACUUCAGGGAUGGACAGUCAAGGCCACCUUCACCUGCACCCAGUGGUGUUUCUAUGAGAAGUGACUGGUCCAAAGAUGAACCAGAAGACUUCAGGAAAGAUCCAAGCUGUUUGGACAAACUCUAUAGACCAUCUUCACCUGCACCCAGUGGUGUUUCUGUGAGUAGUGACUGGUCCAAGGAUGAACCAGAAGACUUCAGGAAUGAACCAAGACCACCUUCACCUGCACCCAGUGGUGUUUCUAUGAGAAGUGACCGGUCUACGAAUGAACCAGAAAACUUCAGGGAUGGACAGUCAAGGCCACCUUCACCUGCACCCAGUGGUGUUUCUAUGAGUAGUGACUGGUCCAAGGAUGAACCAGAAGACUUCAGGAAUGAACCAAGUCCCAGGCAGGAUAAGAGACCAGUAACAUCUGAGCCCAUAAGGUGUGGACCAACUACAAGGGACGAAUCUGAGAAAGUCGUUCGCAACUUCGAACAAGAAAAUCCUAUCAACUGGCGACAGUCUGGGAAGAUGAGAAUCUUGAACUUGUACGAGAAAGAACUGGGUCAUGUGGAAAUGGAUUCUGUACUCUAUGAGGUGGUGAAGAAAAAAAAACUUGGACAACAGCAAAUAUACAAUAAUAUAUUUCAGUCAAUGGACAAGACUGUGAGAACAGUGCUAACAAAGGGAGUGGCUGGUGUUGGUAAAACAUUUCACUCAAGGAUGCUCAUGGUCGACUGGGCAAAAGGAAGGUCCAACCAGAACAUAGACUUGAUAGUCCCACUCCACUUCAGAGAGCUGAAUGAAAGAAGAGACACAAGCAUGGAAGAGCUGCUUAAGGAUUUAUCAUUUUUAAAUGAUGCACAAGUGAAAGAAAUUUGCAACCUUGAGUGUAAAUUAGCUUUUGUCCUUGAUGGCUUGGAAGAAUAUAAACUUCCUCUUGACUUUAAAAAGAACAAGAAACUGACAAGUACGCAAGAAGCAGCAUCAAUGGACGAGCUGUUAACAAACCUCAUCAAGGGGGAUUUGCUUCCCAACGCUGAUCUCUGGAUCAUCUCUCAACCUUCAGGAGUUGGAAAGAUUCCUCCAGAGCAUAUUAAGAAGGUUACAGAAUGUCGAGAGUCGUUGAAGCGUCGGGAGCAGCUUGUUUCAAACCUGAGACAAAGAUUUCUCAGAGAAAACGCUCAAGUUGAAGACAUCACUCAUCCUAACCAGAGAAACACAGAGCACAUCAUGAGAGAAAACAGUGAUGGUAAUGAUGGGAUAAACGAACAAAACUCAGUGAUACAAGUGAAUUUGUCUGAUAUCUUCAAAGAUGAAGGAGGAAAACAUAUCAGAACUGUCCUGACUAUUGGAGAAUCUAGUAUUGGAAAAUCCUGUGAAGUGCAGAAAUUCAUAAAACUGUGGGCAGAAAAUGAGACAAACAAGCGUUCAUUGUUCACUGGGGAUGUAGAUGCAGCUGAUGUAGCCAAAGAUGAUUUAGAAGUUGUAUUUCCAUUUAACUUGUCUGAGCUUAACUUGAUGAACCAGGAAAGUGUCAGUUUGGUGGAACUUCUUAAUCAUUUGUUCAAGGAGACCAAAGAAUCUGUCAUCUCUGACUAUGCACGGUUCAAAGUUGUGUUUAUCUUGGAUGGACUGGAUGCGUUUGAGCCUCCUCUGGACUUUAACAAUAGUCAAAAGUUGACUGAUGAGAGAGAACCAGCAUCAGUGGAUGUGCUAUUGACAAACCUCAUCAAAGGAAACUUGCUUCCUUCAGCCCAUGUCUGGAUAAUCUCCCGACCUCCAGCUGCCAAAAAGCUGCCUGAUGACUGUGUUGACAGGAGGACAGAAAUUCGAGAAAAUCCUAUCACCUGGCGACAAUUUGGGAAGAAGAGAAUCUUGGACCUGUACGAGAAGGAACUGGGUGAUGUGGAAAUGGAUUCUGUACUCUAUGAGGUGGUGAAGAAAAACAAACUUGGACAAAAGCAAAAAUACAGUGAUAUAUUUCAGUCAAAGGACAAGACUGUGAGAACAGUACUAACAAAGGGAGUGGCUGGUGUUGGUAAAACAUUUCACUCAAGGAUGUUCAUGGUCGACUGGGCAAAAGGAAAAUCCAACCAGAACAUAGACUUGAUAGUCCCACUCCACUUCAGAGAGCUGAAUACAAAAGGAAACACAAGUAUGGAAGAUCUGCUUAAAGAUUUAUCAUUUUUAGAUGAUGCACAACUGAAAGGAAUUUGCAACCUUCAGCGUAAAUUAGCUUUUGUCCUUGAUGGCUUGGAAAAUUGUAAACUUCCUCUUGACUUUAAAAACAACAAGAAACUGACUGAUAUAAAAAAAACAACUUCAAUGGACAAGCUGUUAACAAACCUCAUCAAGGGGCAUUUGCUUCCCAACGCUCAUCUCUGGAUCAUCUCUCAACCUUCAGGAGUUGAAAAAAUUCCUCCAGACCAUAUUAAGAAGGUUACAGAAUGUCGAGAGUAUAACAUCAAACAGAGACUCAAAGAAAACGGGAAGAAGAGCAUCUUGGCAAAGUAUGAGACAGAACUUAGUCAAAAGGAGAAGGAUUCAGAAAUCUAUGAGAUAUCCCAAAACAAGAAACAUGAAGAUAAACUGAUAAAAACCUAUGAUGACAUGUUUCAGUCAGACAAACGAACAGUACUAACAAAGGGAGUGGCUGGUGUUGGUAAAACAUUUCACUCAAGGAUGCUCAUGGUCGACUGGGCAAAAGGAAAAUCCAACCAGAACAUAGACUUGAUAGUCCCACUCCACUUCAGAGAGCUGAAUACAAAAGGAAACACAAGUAUGGAAGAUCUGCUUAAAGAUUUAUCAUUUUUAGAUGAUGCACAACUGAAAGGAAUUUGCAACCUUCAGUGUAAAUUAGCUUUUGUCCUUGAUGGCUUGGAAAAUUGUAAACUUCCUCUUGACUUUAAAAACAAAAAGAAACUGACUGAUAUAAAAAAAACAACUUCAAUGGACAAGCUGUUAACAAACCUCAUCAAGGGGCAUUUGCUUCCCAACGCUCAUCUCUGGAUCAUCUCUCAACCUUCAGGAGUUGAAAAAAUUCCUCCAGAGCAUAUUAAGAAGGUUACAGAAUGUCGAGAGACGUUGAAGCGUCGGGAGCAGCUUGUUUUAAACCUGAGACAAAGACUUCUCAGAGAAAACACUGAAGUUGAAGACAUCCCUCAUCCUAACCAGAGAGACACAGAACACAUCAUGAGAGGAAACAGUGACGGUAAUGAUGAGAGAAAUGGACAAAACUUGUCAAAAUCAGUGACAGAAGUGAAUAUGUCUGAUAGUUUCAAGGAUGAAGGAGGAAAACGUAUCAGAACUGUCCUGACUAUCGGAGAAUCUGGUAUUGGAAAAUCCUGUGAAGUGCGAAAAUUUAUAAAACUGUGGGCAGAAAAUGAGACAAACAAGCGUUCAUUGUUCACUGGGGUUGUAGAUGCAGCUGGUGUGGCCAAAGACGAUUUAGUAGUUGUAUUUCCAUUUAAGUUGUCUGAGGUUAAGUCAAUGAGGAAGGAACGUGUUAGUUUGGUGGGACUUCUUAAUUGUUUCUUCAAGGAGACCAAAGAAUCUGUCAUCUCUGACUAUGCACGGUUCAAAGUUGUGUUUGUCUUGGAUGGACUGGAUGCGUUUGAGCCUCCUCUGGACUUUGACAACUGUGACAAGUUGACUGAUGAGAGAGAACCAGCAUCAGUGGAUGUGCUAUUGACAAACCUCAUCAAAGGAAACUUGCUUCCUUCAGCCCAUGUCUGGAUAAUCUCCCAACCUUCAGCUGCUAAACAGCUGCCUGAUGCAUGUGUUGACAGGAGGACAGAAAUACGAGAGUAUGAUGUCAAACAGAGACUCAAAGAAGACGGAAAGAACAGCAUCUUGGUGAAGUAUGAGACAGAACUUGGUCAAAAGGAGAAGGAUUCAGAAAUCUAUGAGAUUUCCCAAAACAAGAAACAUGGAGAUAAACUGGUAAAAACCUAUGAUGACAUGUUUGAGUCAGAGAAACGAACAGUGCUAACAAAGGGAGUGGCUGGUGUUGGUAAAACAUUUCACUCAAGGAUGCUCAUGGUCGACUGGGCAGAAGGAAAAUCCAACCAGAACAUAGACUUGAUAGUCCCACUCCACUUCAGAGAGCUGAAUGAAAGAAGAAACACAAGUAUGGAAGAGCUGCUUAAAGAUUUAUCAUUUUUAAAUGAUGCCAAACUGAGAAGAAUUUGCAACCAUGAGUGUAAAGUAGCUUUUGUCCUUGAUGGCUUGGAAGAAUGUAAAUUUCCUCUUGACUUUAAAAAGAACAAAAAACUGUCAGAUACACAAGAAGCAGCCUCGAUGGACGAGCUGUUAACAAACCUCAUCAAGGGGGAUUUGCUUCCCAACGCUCAUCUCUGGAUCAUCUCUCAACCUUCAGGAGUUGGAAAGAUUCCUCCAGAGCAUAUUAAGAAGGUUACAGAAUGUCGAGAGACGUUGAAGCGUCAGGAGCAGCUUGUAUCAAACCUGAGACAAAGAUUUCUCAGAGAAAACACAGAAGUUGAAAACAUCCCUCAUCCUAAAGAGACAAAAACAGAACACAUCAUGAGAGGAAACAAUGAUGAUAACGAUGAGAGAAAUGGACAAAACCUGUCAAAAUCAGUGAAACAAGUGAAUUUAUCUGAGAUCUUCAAAGAUGAAGGAGGAAAACGUAUCAGAACUGUCCUGACUAUUGAAGAAUCUAGUGUUGGAAAAUCCUGUGAAGUGCAAAAAUUCAUAAAAAUGUGGGCAGGAAAUAAGACCAACAACCGUUCAUUGUUCUCUUGGGUUGUAGAUACAGCCACAAGUUUGUUUCGUAGUGCCAAAGAUGAUUUAGAAGUUAUAUUUCCUUUUAACUUGUCUGAGCUUAACUUGAUGAAGCAGAAACACGUCAGUUUGGUGGAACUUCUUAAUCAUUUGUUCGAGGAGACCAAAGAAUCUGUCAUCUCUGACUAUGCACAGUUCAAAGUUGUGUUUAUCUUGGAUGGACUGGAUGCUUUUCACCCUGCACUGGACUUUAACAAUAGUCAAAAGUUGACUGAUGAGAGAAAACCAGCAUCAGUUGAUGUGCUAUUGACAAACCUCAUCAAAGGAAACUUGCUUCCUUCAGCUCGUGUCUGGAUAAUCUCCCGAGCUUCAGCUGCUAAACAGCUGCCUGAUGCAUGUGUUGACAGGAGGACAGAAAUAAAAGAGUAUAACAUCAAACAGAGACUCAAAGAAGACGGGAAGAAAAUAAUCUUGGUGAAAUAUGAGAAAGAACUUAGUCAAAAGGAGAAGGAUUCAGAAAUCUAUGAGAUAGUCCAAAAUAAGGAACAUGGAGAUAAACUGGUACAAACCUACGAAAGCAUGUUUCAGUCAAAGAAGCGAACAGUACUAACGAAGGGAGUGGCUGGUGUUGGUAAAACAUUUUACUCAAGGAUGCUCAUGGUCGACUGGGCAAAAGGAAGGUCCAACCAGAACAUAGACUUGAUAGUCCCACUCCACUUCAGAGAGCUGAAUGAAAGAGGAAACACAAGUAUGGAAGAUCUGCUUACAGAUUUAUCAUUUUUAAAUGAUGCACAAGUGAAAGGAAUUUGCAACCUUGAGUGUAAAGUAGCUUUCGUCCUUGACGGCUUCGAAGAAUGUAAAUUUCCUCUUGACUUUGAAAACAACAAAAAACUGACAGAUACACAAGAAGGAGCCUCGAUGGAUGAGCUGCUAACAAACCUCAUCAAGGGGGAUUUGCUUCCCAACGCUCAUCUCUGGAUCAUCUCUCAACCUUCAGGAGUUGGAAAGAUUCCUCCAGAGCAUAUUAAGAAGGUUACAGAAUGUCGAGAGACGUUGAAGCGUUGGGAGCAGCUUGUUUUAAACCUGAGACAAAGAUUUCUCAGAGAAAACACUGAAGUUGAAGACAUCCCUCAUCCUAACCAGAGAGACACAGAACACAUCAUGAGAGAAAACAGUGGCGGUAAUGAUGAGAAAAAUGGACAAAACUUGUCAAAAUCAGUGACAGAAGUGAAUAUGUCUGAUAUCUUCAAGGAUGAAGGAGGAAAACGUAUCAGAACUGUCCUGACUAUCGGAGAAUCUGGUAUUGGAAAAUCCUGUGAAGUGCGAAAAUUUAUAAAAUUGUGGGCAGAAAAUGAGACAAACAAGCAUUCAUUGUUCACUGGGGUUGUAGAUGCAGCUGGUGUGGCCAAGGAUGAUUUAGUAGUUGUAUUUCCAUUUAAGUUGUCUGAGGUUAAGUCAAUGAGGAAGGAACGUGUUAGUUUGGUGCGACUUCUUAAUUGCUUCUUCAAGGAGACCAAAGAAUCUGUCAUCUCUGACUAUGCACGGUUCAAAGUUGUGUUUAUCUUGGAUGGACUGGAUGCGUUUGAGCCUCCUCUGGACUUUGACAACAGUCAAAAGUUGACUGAUGAGAGAGAACAAGCAUCAGUGGAUGUGCUAUUGACAAACCUCAUCAAAGGAAACUUGCUUCCUUCAGCCCAUGUCUGGAUAAUCUCCAGACCUUCAGCUGCUAAACAGCUGCCUGAUGCAUGUGUUGACAAGAGGACAGAAAUACGAGAGUAUGAUGUCAAACAGAGACUCAAAGAAGACGGAAAGAACAGAAUCUUGGUGAAGUAUGAGACAGAACUUGGUCAAAAGGAGAAGGAUUCAGAAAUCUAUGAGAUUUCCCAAAACAAGAAACAUGGAGAUAAACUGGUAAAAACCUAUGAUGACAUGUUUGAGUCAGAGAAACGAACAGUACUAACAAAGGGAGUGGCUGGUGUUGGUAAAACAUUUUACUCAAGGAUGCUCAUGGUCGACUGGGCAAAAGGAAGGUCCAACCAAAACAUAGACUUGAUAGUCCCACUCCACUUCAGAGAGCUGAAUGAAAGAAGAGACACAAGUAUAGAAGAUUUGCUUAAAGAUUUAUCAUUUUUAAAUGAUGCCAAACUGAGAAGAAUUUGCAACUAUGAAUGUUCAUUAGCUUUUGUCCUUGAUGGCUUAGAAGAAUAUAAACUUCCUCUUGACUUUAAAAAGAACAAGAAACUGACAAGUACACAAGAAGCAGCCUCGAUAGACGAGCUGCUAACAAACCUCAUCAAGGGGGAUUUGCUUUCCAACGCUCAUCUCUGGAUCAUCUCUCAACCUUCAGGAGUUGGAAAGAUUCCUCCAAAGUAUAUUAAGAAGGUUACAGAAUGUCGAGAGUCGUUGAAGCGUCGGGAGCAGCUUGUAUCAAACCUGAGACAAAGACUUCUCAGAGAAAACACUCAAGCUGAAGACAUCACUCAUCCUAAAGAGACAAAAACAGAACACAUCAUGAGAGAAAACAGUGAUGGUAAUGAUGUGAGAAAUGGACAAAAGUCGGCAAAAUCAGUGACAGAAGUGAAUGUGUCUGAGAUCUUCAAAGAUGAAGGAGGAAAACGUAUCAGAACUGUCCUGACUAUUGAAGAAUCUAGUAUUGGAAAAUCCUGUGAAGUGCAAAAAUUCAUAAAAAUGUGGGCAGAAAAUGAGACCAACAACCAGUCAUGGUUCACUUGGUUUAAAGACAAAGCCAAGAGUGUUGUUGGUGGAGCCAAAGAUGAUUUCAAAGUAGUUGUAUUUCCAUUUAACUUGUCUGAGCUUAAGUCGAGGAAGCAGAAAAGCGUCAGUUUGGUGGAACUUCUUAAUCAUUUAUUCACGGAGACCAAAGAAUCUGUCAUCUCUGACUAUGCACGGUUCAAAGUUGUGUUUAUCUUGGAUGGACUGGAUGCUUUUCACCCUCCACUGGACUUUAACAAUAUUCAAAAGUUGACUGAUGAGAGAGAACCAGCAUCAGUGGAUGUGCUAUUGACAAACCUCAUCAAAGGAAACUUGCUUCCUUCAGCUCGUGUCUGGAUAAUCUCCCGAGCUUCAGCUGCUAAACAGCUGCCUGAUGACUGUGUUCACAAGAGGACAGAAAUACGAGAGUAUAACAUCAAACAGAGACUCAAAGAAGACGGGAAGAAAGUAAUCUUGGUGAAAUAUGAGAAAGAACUUAGUCAAAAGGAGAAGGAUUCAGAAAUCUAUGAGAUAGUCCAAAAUAAGGAACAUGGAGAUAAACUGGUACAAACCUACAAAAGCAUGUUUCAGUCAAAGAAGCGAACAGUACUAACAAAAGGAGUGGCUGGUGUUGGUAAAACAUUUCACUCAAGGAUGCUCAUGGUCGACUGGGCAAAAGGAAGCUCCAACCAGAACAUAGACUUGAUAGUCCCACUCCACUUCAGAGAGCUGAAUACAAGAAGAGACACAGUUCAAAGCAUGCAAGAUCUGCUUAAACAUAUCUUGAUUGAUAUCCGACUAAGUGAUGUUUGCAACUAUGAAUGUACAUUAGCUUUUGUCCUUGAUGGCUUGGAAGAAUGUAAACUUCCUCUUGACUUUGAAAACAACAAAAAACUGACAGAUACACAAGAAGCAGCCUCGAUGGACGAGCUGUUGACAAACCUCAUCAAGGGGCAUUUGCUUCCCAACGCUCAUCUCUGGAUCAUCUCUCAACCUUCAGGAGUUGGAAAGAUUCCUCCAGAGCAUAUUAAGAAGGUUACAGAAUGUCGAGAGACGUUGAAGCGUCGGGAGCAGCUUGUAUCAAAACUGAGAAAAAGACUUCUCAGAGAAAACACUCAAGUUGAAGACAUCACUCAUCCUAAAGAGACAAACACAGAACACAUCAUGACAGAAAACAGUGGCGGUAAUGAUGAGAAAAAUAGACAAAACUUGUCAAAAUCAGUGACAGAAGUAAAUGUGUCUGAUAUCUUCAAAGAUGAAGGAGGAAAACGUAUCAGAACUGUCCUGACUAUUGGAGAAUCUGGUAUUGGAAAAUCCUGUGAAGUGCAAAAAUUCAUAAAAAUGUGGGCAGAAAAUAAGACGAACAAGCGUUCAUUGUUCUCUGGGGUUGUAGAUGCAGCUGGUGUUACCAAAGAUGAUUUAGAAGUUGUAUUUCCACUUAAGUUGUCUAAGCUUAAGUCGAUGAGGCAGAAAAGCAUCAGUUUGGUGGAACUUCUUAAUCAUUUUGUUAAACAGACCAAAGAAUCUGUCAUCUCUGACUAUGCACAGUUCAAAGUUGUGUUUAUCUUGGAUGGACUGGAUGCGUUUGAGCCUCCUCUGGACUUUAACAAGAGUCAAAAGUUGACUGAUGAGAGAGAACCAGCAUCAGUGGAUGUGCUAUUGACAAACCUCAUCAAAGGAGACUUGCUUCCUUCAGCUCGUGUCUGGAUAAUCUCCCGAGCUUCAGCUGCUAAACAGCUGCCUAAUGCUUGUGUUCACAAGAGGACAGAAAUACGAGAGUAUAACAUCAAACAGAGACUCAAAGAAGACGGAAAGAACAGAAUCUUGGUGAAGUAUGAGACAGAACUGAGCCAAAAGGAGAAGGAUUCAGAAAUCUAUGAGAUUUCCCAAAACAAGAAACAUGAAGAUAAACUGAUAAAAACCUACAAUGACAUGUUUCAGUCACAGAAAGGAACAGUGCUAACAAAGGGAGUGGCUGGUGUUGGUAAAACAUUUUUCUCAAGGAUGCUCAUGGUCGACUGGGCAAAAGGAAGGUCCAACCAGAACAUAGACUUGAUAGUCCCACUCCACUUCAGAGAGCUGAGUGAAAGAAGAAACACAAGCAUGGAAGAGUUGAUCAAACAUAUCUUGAAUGAUAUCCGACCAAGUGAUGCAUGCAACUGUGAAUGUACAUUAGUGUUUGUCCUUGAUGGGUUAGAAGAAUGUAAAUUUCCUCUUGACUUUAAAAAGAACAAGAAACUGACAAGUACACAAGAAGCAGCCUCGAUGGAUGAGCUGUUAACAAACCUCAUCAAGGGAGAUUUGCUUCCCAACGCUCAUCUCUGGAUCAUCUCUCAACCUUCAGGAGUUGGAAAGAUUCCUCCAAAGUAUAUUAAAAAGGUGACAGAAUGUCGAGAGACGUUGAAGCGUCGGGAGCAGCUUGUAUCAAAACUGAGACAAAGACUUCUCAGAGAAAACACUCAAGCUGAAGACAUCACUCAUCCUAAAGAGACAAACACAGAACACAUCAUGACAGAAAACAGUGGCGGUAAUGAUAAGAGAAAUGGACAAAACUUGUCAAAAUCAGUGACAGAAGUGAAUGUGUCUGAGAUCUUCAAAGAUGAAGGACGAAAACGUAUCAGAACUGUCCUGACUAUUGGAGAAUCUGGGAUUGGAAAAUCCUGUGAAGUGCAAAAAUUCAUAAAAAUGUGGGCAGAAAAUAAGACGAACAACCAUUCAUGGUUCACUUGGUUUAAAGACUUGGUUGUUGGUGGAGACAAAGAUGAUUUAGAAGUUAUAUUUCCUUUUAACUUGUCUGAGCUUAACUUGAUGAAGCAGGAAAGCAUCAGUUUGGUGGAACUUCUUAAUCAUUUGUUCGAGGAGACCAAAGAAUAUGUCAUCUCUGACUAUGCACGGUUCAAAGUUGUGUUUAUCUUGGAUGGACUGGAUGCUUUUCACCUUCCUCUGGACUUUAACAAUUGUCAAAAGUUGACUGAUGAGAGAGAACCAGCAUCAGCGGAUGUGCUAUUGACAAACCUCAUCAAAGGAAACUUGCUUCCUUCAGCUCGUGUCUGGAUAAUCUCCCCACCUUCAGCUGCUAAACAGUUGCCUGAUGCUUGUGUUGACAAGAGGACAGAAAUACGAGACUAUAACAUCAAACAGAGACUCAAAGAAGACGGGAAGAAGAGCAUCUUGGUGAAGUAUGAGCCAAAACUUGGUCAAAAGGAGAAGGAUUCAGAAAUCUAUGAGAUAUGCCAAAACAAGGAACAUGAAGAUAAACUGAUAAAAACCUACAAUGACAUGUUUCAGUCACAGAAACGAACAGUGCUAACAAAGGGAGUGGCUGGUGUUGGUAAAACAUUUUACUCCAUGAUGCUCAUGGUCGACUGGGCAAAAGAAAGGUCCAACCAGAACAUAGACUUGAUAGUCCCACUCCACUUCAAAGAGCUGAAUGAAAGAAGAAACACAAGCAUGGAAGAGUUGAUCAAACAUAUCUUGAAUGAUAUCCGACCAAGUGAUGCAUGCAACUGUGAAUGUACAUUAGUGUUUGUCCUUGAUGGGUUAGAAGAAUGUAAAUUUCCUCUUGACUUUAAAAAGAACAAGAAACUGACAAGUACACAAGAAGCAGCCUCGAUGGACGAGCUGUUAACAAACCUCAUCAAGGGAGAUUUGCUUCCCAAGGCUCAUCUCUGGAUCAUCUCUCAACCUUCAGGAGUUGGAAAGAUUCCUCCAAAGUAUAUUAAGAAGGUUACAGAAUGUCGAGAGACGUUGAAGCGUCGGGAGCAGCUUGUAUCAAAACUGAGAAAAAGACUUCUCAGAGAAAACACUCAAGUUGAAGACAUCACUCAUCCUAAAGAGACAAACACAGAACACAUCAUGAGAGGAAACAAUGAUGAUAACGAUGAGAGAAAUGGACAAAACCUGUCAAAAUCAGUGACAGAAGUAAAUGUGUCUGAUAUCUUCAAAGAUGAAGGAGGAAAACGUAUCAGAACUGUCCUGACUAUUGAAGAAUCUGAUAUUGGAAAAUCCUGUGAAGUGCAAAAAUUCAUAAAAAUGUGGGCAGAAGAUAAGACGAACAAGUGUUCAUUGUUCACUAGGGUUGUAGAUGCAGCUGGGGUGGCCAAGGACGAUUUAGAAGUUCUAUUUCCAUUUAAGUUGUCUAAGCUUAAGUCAAUGAAUCAGAAAAGCGUCAGUUUGGUGGAACUUCUUAAUCAUUUAUUCACGGAGACCAAAGAAUCUGUCAUCUCUGACUAUGCACGGUUCAAAGUUGUGUUUAUCUUGGAUGGACUGGAUGCUUUUCACCCUCCACUGGACUUUAACAAUAGACAAAAAUUGACUGAUGAGAGAGAACCAGCAUCAGUGGAUGUGCUAUUGAAAAACCUCAUCAAAGGAAACUUGCUUCCUUCAGCCCAUGUCUGGAUAAUUUCCCGACCUUCAGCUGCUAAAAAGCUGCCUGAUGACUGUGUUGACAAGAGGACAGAAAUACGAGAGUAUAACAUCAAACAGAGACUCAAAGAAGAUGGAAAGAAGAGCAUCUUGGUGAAGUAUGAGCCAGAACUUGGUCAAAAGGAGAAGGAUUCAGAAAUCUAUGAGAUAUCCCAAAACAAGGAACAUGAAGAUAAACUGAUAAAAACCUAUGAUGACAUGUUUCAGUCAGACAAACAGACAGUACUAACAAAGGGAGUGGCUGGUGUUGGUAAAACAUUUAACUCCAUGAUGCUCAUGGUCGACUGGGCAAAAGGAAGGUCCAACCAGAACAUAGACUUGAUAGUCCCACUCCACUUCAAAGAGCUGAAUGAAAUAAGAAACACAAGCAUGGAAGAGUUGAUCAAACAUAUCUUGAGUGAUAUCCGACCAAGUGAUGCAUGCAACUGUGAAUGCACAUUAGUUUUUGUCCUUGAUGGCUUGGAAGAAUGUAAACUUCCUCUCAACUUUAAAAAGAACAAGAAACUGACAAGUACACAAGAAGCAGCCUCGUUGGACGAGCUGUUAACAAACCUCAUCAAGGGAGAUUUGCUUCCCAACGCUCAUCUCUGGAUCAUCUCUCAACCUUCAGGAGUUGGAAAGAUUCCUCCAAAGUAUAUUAAGAAGGUUACAGAAUGUCGAGAGACGUUGAAGCGUCGGGAGCAGCUUGUAUCAAAACUGAGAAAAAGACUUCUCAGAGAAAACACUCAAGUUGAAGACAUCACUCAUCCUAAAGAGACAAACACAGAACACAUCAUGAGAGGAAACAAUGAUGAUAACGAUGAGAGAAAUGGACAAAACCUGUCAAAAUCAGUGACAGAAGUAAAUGUGUCUGAUAUCUUCAAAGAUGAAGGAGGAAAACGUAUCAGAACUGUCCUGACUAUUGAAGAAUCUAAUAUUGGAAAAUCCUGUGAAGUGCAAAAAUUCAUAAAAAUGUGGGCAGAAAAUGAGACCAACAACCAGUCAUGGUUCACUUGGUUUAAAGAAAAAGCCAAGAGUGUUGUUGGUGGAGCCAAAGAUGAUUUCAAAGUAGUUGUAUUUCCAUUUAACUUGUCUGAGCUUAAGUCAAUGAAUCAGAAAAGCGUCAGUUUGGUGGAACUUCUUAAUCAUUUAUUCACGGAGACCAAAGAAUCUGUCAUCUCUGACUAUGCACGGUUCAAAGUUGUGUUUAUCUUGGAUGGACUGGAUGCUUUUCACCCUCCACUGGACUUUAACAAUAGACAAAAAUUGACUGAUGAGAGAGAACCAGCAUCAGUGGAUGUGCUAUUGAAAAACCUCAUCAAAGGAAACUUGCUUCCUUCAGCUCGUGUCUGGAUAAUCUCCCGACCUUCAGCUGCUAAACAGCUGCCUGAUGCUUGUGUUCACAAGAGGACAGAAAUACGAGAGUAUAACAUCAAACAGAGACUCAAAGAAGACGGGAAGAAGAGCAUCUUGGUGAAGUAUGAGCCAAAACUUGGUCAAAAGGAGAAGGAUUCAGAAAUCUAUGAGAUAUGCCAAAACAAGGAACAUGAAGAUAAACUGAUAAAAACCUAUGAUGACAUGUUUCAGUCAGAGAAACGAACAGUACUAACAAAGGGAGUGGCUGGUGUUGGUAAAACAUUUAACUCCAUGAUGCUCAUGGUCGACUGGGCAAAAGGAAGGUACAACCAGAACAUAGACUUGAUAGUCCCACUCCACUUCAAAGAGCUGAAUGAAAGAAGAAACACAAGCAUGGAAGAGUUGAUCAAACAUAUCUUGAAUGAUAUCCGACCAAGUGAUGCAUGCAACUGUGAAUGCACAUUAGUUUUUGUCCUUGAUGGGUUAGAAGAAUGUAAAUUUCCUCUUGACUUUGAAAACAACAAGAAACUGACAGGUACACAAGAAGCAGCCUCGAUGGACGAGCUGUUAACAAACCUCAUCAAGGGGGAUUUGCUUCCCAACGCUCAUCUCUGGAUCAUCUCUCAACCUUCAGGAGUUGGAAAGAUUCCUCCAAAGUAUAUUAAGAAGGUUACAGAAUGUCGAGAGUCAUUCAAGCGUCGGGAGCAGCUUGUAUCAAAACUGAGAAAAAGUCUUCUCAGAGAAAACACUCAAGCUGAAGACAUCACUCAUCCUAACCAGAGAAACACAGAACACAUCAUGAGAGAAAACAGUGAUGAUAACAAUGAAAGAGAUGAACACAACUUGGAAAAAUUGGUGAAACAAGUGAAUGUAUCUGAGAUCUUCAAAGAUGAAGGAGAGAAACGUAUCAGAACUGUCCUGACUAUUGGAGAAUCUGGUAUUGGAAAAUCCUUUAACGUGCGAAAAUUCAUAAAAAUGUGGGCAGAAAAUGAGACCAACAACCAUUCAUUGUUCUCUGAGGUUGUAGAUGCAGGUGGUGUGGCCAAGGACGAUUUAGAAGUUCUAUUUCCAUUUAAGUUGUCUAAGGUUAAGUCAAUGAGGAAGGAACGUGUUAGUUUGGUGCAACUUCUUAAUUAUUUCUGCACGGAGAUCAAAGCUUCUGUCAUCUCUGACUAUGCACGGUUCAAAGUUGUGUUUAUCUUGGAUGGACUGGAUGUGUUUGAGCCUCCUCUGGACUUUGACAACUGUGCAGAGUUGACUGAUGAGAGAGAACCAGCAUCAGUGGAUGUUCUAUUGACAAACCUCAUCAAAGGAAACUUGCUUCCUUCAGCCUGUGUCUGGAUAACUUCCCGACCUUCAGCUGCUAAACAGCUGCCUGAUGCUUGUGUUGACAAGAGGACAGAAAUACGAGAGAAGCCUUAUGUUGCAAGUCAAAGUAAACUCAAGUCUCAACUGAAGGAACAAUUCACCUGUGUGUCUGAAGGGAUUGAUAGACAGAGAACCUCUGCCCUUCUGAAAGACAUUUACACAGAUCUCUACAUCAUAGAGGGAGAGAGACGAGAGAUCCACAAUCAGCAUGAGUCCAGACAGGCCCAAAAGGCAAAGUUCAAACCAAUGAGAGAAGAAAGACCCAUUAAAUAUCACGAUAUCUUCAAACCUGCAUCUGAAAAUAAUCCCAUUAGGACUGUGUUGACGAUUGGAGUGGCAGGCAUUGGAAAAACCUUUGCAUCAAUGAAGUUCAUGCUCGACUGGGCCGAGGGUACCGCAGUUGAAAACAUUUAUUACACAUUUCCACUUCCUUUCCGGGAGCUGAAUUUGAGAGAAAAAACAGAACAUAGUUUUGAGGAACUUCUUCAUCAGUUCUUCCCAGCUAUGGAAAAUUCAGAGAUAAACGACUAUGACAAAUAUCAAAUCCUGAUUGUUCUGGAUGGCCUUGAUGAAUGUCGCCUUGAUCUCAAGUUCAAUGAAAGUAACAAGUGGACAGAUGUGAAGAAGCCAACCUCAGUGGGUGUUCUACUGACAAACCUGAUCCAAGGAAAUCUGCUUCCUAAAGCUCAAAUCUGGAUCACCUCCCAGCCUGCAGCCUCCAACAAUAUUCCUGCUGAUAAAGUUGACCGAGUUACAGAGGUGCGAGGAUUCAAUGAUGAGCAAAAGGAAGAGUAUUUCAGGAAGAGAUUCAGUGAUAAGGACCUGGCUGAAAAAAUCCUCGCACAUGUGAAGAAAUCAAGGAGUCUGUACACCAUGUGUCACAUCCCAGUUUUCUGUUGGAUAAUUUCAAAAGUCCUGGAGGAUUUUGUGAACCAAAACAAAGAAGAGGGGAUGCCCAAGACCCAGACUGACAUGUACAUACACUUUCUGUUGCUGCAGUGCAGACAGGCUAAUGUGAAGUAUAGUGAAGAUGGAACAGGUGAGUCUUCUGAGACAGGUCCAUGCUGGAGUGCAAGAAACAAAGAGACAAUCUUAUCUUUAGGGAAACUAGCUUUUGAGGAGCUAGAGAAAGGAAACCUUCUCUUCACUGAAGACGACCUGAAAGAAUGUGGCAUUGACAUCACAAAUGCUGCCGUCUUCUCUGGGUUACUCACUCAGAUCAAAAGAGAAGGCCGUGGGCUGUACCAACAGAAACUGUUUUGCUUUGUUCACUUGAGCAUUCAAGAGUUUCUGGCUGCAUUCUAUGCUAUUCACACAUUCAACAACAUGGGUGAAAAUGUGCUUACCAAACCCACUUCAGUGGUUUCAGAUGCAUCAGACUUCUACAAGAAAGCAGUGGACAAGGCUCUAGAUAGCAAAAAUGGAGACUGGGAUCUGUUUCUGCGCUUUCUGCUUGGACUCUCUGUGGACACUAACCAGAAACUGCUGCAAGAGCUGCUGAAAAAGACAGAAAAUUACCAGGAGACCUACAAGGAAACAGUUGAGUACAUCAAAAAGAAGAUCAAUGAAGACAACAGUGCCCCGGAUAAAAACCUCAAUCUGUUUCACUGUUUGAAUGAGCUCCAUGACCACUCCCUUGUUGAUGAAGUUAAAAAAUACCUGCAGUCAGAAACAGUGACUUUUGAAAGCUUCUCUGCCUCACAGUGGUCAGCUCUGACUUUUGUGCUGUUGACAUCAGACGAGAAGCUGGAUGUGUUUGAUCUUAAGAAGUAUGUGAAAUCAGAGAAGGUUCUUCUGGGACUGUUGCCAUUGGUCAAAGUCUCCAUAACUGCUUUGUUGAGUUGGUGUGAGCUAACUGAAGAAUCCUGCCGUGGUCUGACAGCUUCAGUCUUCAACUCUCCGUCCUCCAAUCUCACAAAGCUGGACCUGAGUCAUAAUGACCUGCUUGAUUCAGGUGUGGAGCAACUUGCAAAUGGACUUAAGAGUCUCCACUGUAAAUUGGAGAUUCUCAAGUUGCCAGGUUGUCAGGUGACAGAGAAAGGCUGCUCUUUCCUGGCCGAAGCUCUCAAGUCCAACACAGAAUCCCACCUCAAACACCUGGAUCUGAAUUACAAUCACCCCGGAGAAAAUGGGAAGAUGGAGCUCUCUGCUAUCGCUGAAGAUCCAAAUAUGAAGUUAAAGACACUGUGUUUUGACCAUGAUGGAGCACAUCGUUUAAAACCAGGACUGAAGAAGUAUUGUGCAAAUUUGAAAUUUGAGAAACGCACCACAUGCAACAGGCUUGUUCUGUCUGAAGGGAACACAAAAGUAAAAACUAUAGAAAAGGUCGAGUACAAAGUUGAACGACGUGAAAACAGCGACAGGUUUAAGAGGUCACAGGUGUUUUGUGAUAAGGGCUUCAAAGGGUUCUGCUACUGGGAGGUGGAAUGCGAAGGGAAGGUCGGUAUUGGCGUGGCAUAUCAGGGAUGCAAUGACAUGUCCUUGAGUCUGAUUUACCCCAAGACUGAAUACACUGCUAUACAUGGGAACAUAUCGAGAGACAUCAAAAAUGAUGAAAAAAUAGCAGUGUUCCUGGACUGGGAAGGUGGAAGUCUGAGUUAUUAUAGAGUCUUACCAGGAGAGUUCAGUCUCAUUCACACCUUCCAUGAAAAAUUCACCGAUGAAGUGUUCCCAUGCUUCUGGUUUAAGAAGGGCUCUGUGACCUUAUGUGACAUAAACUGAACUCCUCUGUGAUGCAAACAAGUUGAAUGUACUGUAGUGAUCUGUACAAUAUACAGAGCCUUUACACUGACCUUCUGAUAUAUUAACAAAAAGCAUAUCUGUGUCUUUGCAACACAUUGAACUUGCUGAAGUCCUAAAUCCGUAUUUUACCCGUAUUUUAAAGUGGAGUUCUUCAACAGGGAGUAUUGUCAUAUCACCCCUCCUCAUUUUUUCCCCUCAAAUUUAAAUUACAAAAUAUAAAAUAUCAAUCCAACAUAUUGAUGAGGAAUGGAGAAAUGGAGGUAGAAGGCGGGUGUCUUUCAGUCUCUUAUGUGACUUCUACACACAAAGAGGAGGACCUGCCCCUAUCGCUGCUGUCCUCAUGGAGCUUAUCCAGCUGUAAUUUCAUAUUAUAUCAUUGGGUGAGAGGUGUGGUCCAGCACAGUCUAUAACACAGAAUGACCACCAUGCGCUAACAACCAUGUUGCCAUAUUAACUCUGGAAAAGGACCAAAUGAACCACUGUCUUUAAUAAUAUGAUGAAGUGAACUAACAAAUAUCGUUGCAAUGUUGAGAAAAACACAUCUCACCUGUCUUAUGGGAAAAGUCUGUCAUUUUUGUGUUGACUAAGGAAAACUAGUCUGUUUAAAGUGUGUUUACAAAUUCCUGAAUGUGGGUUCGAUAUGCUGAAAACAUUUUUGUUUUCUAAUUAAUUUAU